AUGGCGAAGAGGCCAGCAGUCGAGGAAGCGCUCCUCGCAGCGGGCGAGCCCGAGGAGGAGGAGAUCCUGAGCGUGCGCGAGGAGCUGAAGAAGCAGCUAUGGCUGGCUGGGCCCAUGAUCGCCGGCGCGCUGCUGCAGAACGUGAUCCAGAUGAUCUCCGUCAUGUACGUGGGACACCUUGGGGAGCUGCCCCUCGCCGGCGCCUCCAUGGCCAACUCCUUCGCCUCCGUCACCGGCCUCAGCCUGCUGCUGGGAAUGGCAAGCGCGCUAGACACGCUGUGCGGCCAAGCAUUCGGCGCCAGGCAGUACUAUCUCCUGGGCAUCUACAAGCAGCGCGCCAUGUUCCUUCUCACCGUCGUCAGCGUCCCUCUGGCUGUCGUCUGGUUCUACACCGGCGAGAUCCUCCUCCUGUUCGGCCAGGACGCGGACAUCGCCGCGGAGGCCGGCACGUAUGCCCGGUGGAUGAUCCCGGCGCUCUUUGCCUACGGCCUGCUGCAGUGCCACGUACGGUUCCUGCAGACGCAGAACAUCGUGCUGCCCGUGAUGGCGAGCGCCGGCGCGACGGCCGCGUGCCACCUGGUGGUGUGCUGGGUGCUGGUGUUCACUCUCGGGAUGGGCAGCAAGGGCGCCGCGCUGAGCAACGCCGUCUCCUACUGGGUCAAUGUGGCGAUACUGGCUGUAUAUGUGAGGGUUUCCAGCGCGUGCAAGGAGACGUGGACCGGCUUCUCCACGGAGGCCUUCCGUGACGCACUCAGCUUCUUCAGGCUCGCGAUCCCGUCGGCUCUAAUGGUCUGCUUGGAAAUGUGGUCGUUUGAACUCAUUGUGCUCCUCUCGGGCCUUCUUCCCAACCCAAAAUUGGAGACCUCUGUGCUAUCGAUCAGCCUCAACACUUCUGCCUUCGUGUGGAUGAUCCCCUUUGGUCUUAGCUCCGCCAUUAGCACUCGCGUCUCCAACGAGCUGGGCGCAGGGCGGCCCCAGGCUGCCCGGCUUGCGGUGCAUGUUGUCCUGCUUUUGGCCGUCUCGGAAGGACUGAUGGUGGGACUCAUCCUGGUCUGCGUGCGCUACAUCUGGGGCCACGCCUACAGCGACGUGGAGGAGGUGGUGAGCUAUGUGGCCAGGAUGAUGCUGGUCAUCGCAGUCACCAUAUUCUUCGAUGGAAUCAUGACUGUUCUUUCAGGCGUGGCUAGAGGCUGUGGAUGGCAGAAGAUUGGUGCUUGUAUUAACCUUGGCGCCUAUUACAUCGUCGGCAUCCCGUCAGCUUACCUCUUAGGUUUCGUCUUGAGUCUCGGCGGCAUGGUGCUCUUCUUUUCCCUGGAAUGUGGAAUCCGCAAAAUUUUACUGUGCAUCGUCAAUAGUGAUCGAGUUUAA